CCUUUGCUUUGCUUCGCCGCAAAAUAUGGCUAACAAAAAAGUUUGCAUUAACUUUGUUUGUGACUUUUACUUUGACAGAUGAUUUCGAUGUUGGCUUUUGUGCACAUAAAAAGAUUUCAAGCGAAGCAAAGCAAAGCGAAGAAGAAUCUUGGGGAAACAGCUAUUGCUACUUUAAUUGUUAAGUAUUUACUUUUAAAUGAAAUACACUAACAAUAAGUAUUAAACACAACAGUUUUUCAUAUUAUAUAUAUAUGAAUAUAGAUAAAACAUGGAAAGGAAGUUAAUUAAGGCCGUCAGGUUACACCCAUGCUUGUACGACAGAAGCUCACCUUUAUUUCGAAAUUUGUUGUUGAAGGAGCGACAAUGGAAGACAGUGGCGAUUUCAACGGGAGCCUCUGUGGAACAAUGCAAGCAGCGCUGGAAGUCGUUACGCGAUAGAUUUGUGCGCGAGAUAGUGGCGCAAAAAUCGAAGUCGGAGGAGGAGGGCGAAGCAGAGGAAAAGAAAGAGUGGUGUUAUCUCAAAUUAAUGGGUUUCUUAACAAAACAUGUUAACCCCAGAAAAUCUAAAACGCAAUUUGGCAGCGAUGACCAGCACAGCUGCAGUGAUUCGCCUGCAACAACGCAGAACAAUUUUGAGUUUGUAGAAUUACUGCAGGAAGAAAGUGCGCCAAAUGAUAGCCAAACCUGCAGAGAUACACCAAAGCCGAAAGAUGUGUCGAAACGUCAACGGCUUGACGAGGAACAACAUACGAACAACGAGGCAUUCGAAAGACUUACGCGUUUUUAUGAGACACUGGAAACGGUGUUCUCCACGCAGAAGGAGUCCAAAAAUAAGGCGUUUUUAGCCAUGUUGGACGAGCUUCUGCAAAAGAAAACGGAGGAAAUGCAGGAUAGGUUGAAAAUGGAAAUAUUAAACCAUGUACAUAAUUCUUAAAAUUUCAUUUUAACUGUAAUAGUAGAUUUAAGCGUUUUUUAACUUUUUAUGCCCUGAAAAGAUUAUAUUUAGUUUGCCAUGAAGUUUAUGACAAAAAAAAAUAAACGUCGAAGACCGUUUACAAAUAUAUAAAAAUGAUCAACAUGA